GCACCAGCAAUCACCAUUGUCACUACAAAAUCACUAAAUAACAAAGAAAACCCAUCCUUUUUUCUCCCCAAGAAACACAAAAAUGCUUACCUUUGUUGCUUCUUUUAUCCACUGGGUUUUUUCUGAUGAAAUCGCUUUAGGAUCCAACACUACUGCAUCCAAGUUCAUAAACAUGAAUGGGUUGAAUAAGAAUCCAUAUUCGCCCAUCAAGAAACACUUCGAUGAUUCCUUUCCAAGUACAAAGCCAUUGCUGGAAGUUAAAGAUCACAAGGAUAUCAAGAGAAGUAGCCCCGGUUUUGAUUCAAAAGCAAGUAAUAUAAGAGUAAAGGUGAAGAUGACAAGGGAAGAAGCUGUUCGAUUGCUUUCGAAAUGCAAAGAUGGAGGGGUUCUGGAAUUCAAAGAUGUAGCUUGUGAACUUGUGGACCUCCCAGGGAACCGAGUUAAUAUCGUGUCUCCUUGUCCUGAUCGUAAUAUUCCAGUGCUUAAUCGUAUCCCUGAAGAGUAUUAGAUAGCAUGGCAAUCUUUAAAGAAAAUGUUUCAAUUUUCUGGGUUUUUUUUCAUUUGGGGGGGGGGGGGGGUUCAAAAUUUUCACAAAGAGAAAUUGGUUUAGGAAAAUUUUACAUCAAUUAGGCUAAUACAGUUUCUUAGUUAUCGUUUUUUGAUUGCAUAUGUAAUUUUAGGUUGAAGAAGAGAUACCAUUUUCAUGUACAAAUUACUAGUAACAAUUUAUUCGAUGAUAAGUUUGGGUCUCAGAUUCUUUUAUAAUAUGGUGACACUCAUAUCUAAAUUGAA